AUGCCAGUUCAGCAAAUCAACGUGAAAAAUACAUCUGAUAUUGAGAGUUGGGAAUGGGGAGGUGGAUGUGGCAGAGAAGCGGUCCGCGCAGGGUCGGGUAGUAGUCAUACCUCAUGCAGUAACUCUAGUGGAGAUAUCUGCCGCAUUUGUCAUUGCGAGAGUGAACCACACAAUCCUUUACUUGCUCCAUGUUAUUGUUCAGGGAGCUUAAAAUAUGUACAUCAAAGUUGUUUGCAGCAAUGGUUAACAGCAUCAGAAACAAGAUCAUGUGAACUUUGCAAAUUCAAUUUCAUUAUGCACACUAAGAUCAAGCCAUUUAAUGAGUGGCGACUGUUAGACAUGUCCGGUGUGGAGCGACGAAGGCUGUGUUGCGCUGUGUUAUUUCACUGCGUGGCAGCCCUGUGCGUUAUGUGGUCACUAUUUGUUUUGAUAGAACGGGCCGUCGAGGAGGUCAACCGUGGGAUGAUAGGUAAGAAAGUAAAAAAAUAA